UGUCGGUGAUGGUGACACCCACGCACAUAGGCAGGCAAACCACACUCGGCACCUGCUGCCUGAGAAGCGUCGCAAGUGUACCUCUCGGCGGGCAUGGAGAUGACAUCCGACAACGCCAAUGGAGAGGCGACGUCGGUCGGCGUGGACAACGAAGCCUACGUGGCCGAAUACGAAAAUGUAGGCAGACACAGAAAGCCGGGCGAGGAGGAGGAGGAUGAUGAGGACGUGGACGGCAAGGGACAUGUAUCCGUGCACGUAAAAGACACCGACGACGACGAAGAAUAUGUCGCCACUGCAGCCUGGGCAAGGAAACUUGACAAAUCCAGAGAUAAAAUACACAAGUACUUCAAGAAACAUGAGAAAAUUUACCAUUGGGUUGGUCUCGGUGUUCUUUCUGCAGGGCUCCUGGCUCUGGUGAUCGCCGCUUGCAUUGUCAACUUCAAUGCCUCCUUGGCCCUGCUGGUGCUAACAUGUCUGGGCAUUUUCUUUAUCGUGUGGGACACUCUCAUGGCCAAGUAUGAGAGUAAAAUUGCCAAGGCUCUGCAGCCAGCCAUCAGAUACUUCAACAAGCACUGGAACAUCAUACAAUGGUUUGUCUACGCAGCAGUGCUGAUCGCUAUUGUCCUGUGGCUCGCUCUGGAUACCGCCAAGCAAGGAUUAAAUCAGCUGAUUCCCUUCGGAGGAUUAAUCAUGCUCAUUCUCAUCAUGUUCAUCUGCUCCAAGCACCCCACCAGGGUUAAGUGGAGGCCUGUCCUAUGGGGCGUGGGCAUUCAGUGGGUUUUUGGCAUUAUCAUUCUCCGCACUGAUGCGGGCCUGGAUGCCUUCGAGUGGCUGGGUAGUCAAGUGCAGACUUUUCUAGAUUACACUGAUGCUGGAUCUAAAUUUGUGUUUGGCGACUUAUACACAGAUCAUUUCUUUGCGUUUAAGGUGCUGCCCAUUGUCAUCUUCUUCAGCAUGAUCAUGUCCAUGCUCUACUACGUUGGCUUCAUGCAGUGGCUCAUCCUCAAGGUGGGCUGGGUCAUGCAGAUCACAAUGGGAACGUCUCCGACGGAAUCCCUGGUGGCAGCGGGGAACAUCUUCGUAGGGCAGACGGAGUCUCCACUGUUGAUUCGCCCAUACCUCGCUGACCUAACAUUGUCCGAGAUUCAUUCGGUCAUGACCAGUGGUUUUGCCACGAUUGCUGGGAGUGUCCUUGGUGCAUACAUCUCCUUUGGGGUGCCGGCUGCCCAUCUGCUGACAGCCUCCGUAAUGUCAGCACCUGCAGCCCUCGCUAUAUCUAAGGUCUUUUGGCCUGAAACCCAGAAAUCCAAGUUUAAAGUCAAGGGUAGCUUGAAGCUUGAAAAGGGCACGGAGAGCAACCUUGUGGAGGCAGCUUCUCAUGGCGCAUCUGCUUCCAUUCCCCUGGUCGCCAACAUCGCAGCAAACCUCAUUGCGUUUUUGGCCCUGCUGGCCUUCAUCAAUGCCAUCCUGUCCUGGCUUGGUGGCAUGUUCAACUACCCAGAUCUCAGCUUCGAGCUCAUCUGCUCGUAUGUGUUCAUGCCGCUGGCGUUCAUGAUGGGUGUGGACUGGGCUGACGCCUUCAUGGUAGCAGAACUCCUCGGAGUGAAAACGUUCUUCAACGAGUUCGUGGCCUAUGAGCGGCUCUCCCUGCUCAUUAAAGCGCGAACAGACGGCUCUCCCGAGUACGUGGACGGAGUGAAGCAGUACAUGAGCCUACGCUCGGAGGCCAUCGCAACCUAUGCCCUCUGUGGGUUCGCCAACCUCGGUUCCAUUGGAAUUAUGAUUGGUGGCCUGUCUUCCAUGGCCCCACAAAGAAGAGGUGAUAUUGCUAAAUGCGCAGUCCGUGCAUUAAUAUCUGGUACCGUGGCUUGCUUCAUGACCGCUUGCAUUGCAGGCAUUUUAUAUACACCGCAACCAACGUGCCUCGUCAUUCUGGGUGACGCAUUCAUCGGCGGAGAAGUUCCAAGCAACUCCUCAACCAUUGUCACCUGCUGCAAUGACCUUUUCAAUCGCACUGAAGUCAUUGAUCCUGAAAACAUUAUCAUCGGUGGGAAUUAUACCAGGGAAGCAUUGGACGGCUGCUGUAACAUGAUCAUUUCACCUUUUUUCAACUGCUCCUGGGUUGUAUGAAAUGCUAUGAUACACUUGCUCAGCAUUGCCUUGUUAAUGCCCAGAUCUGUAAUUAUAUUUUAUUUUCAUGAUUCCACUACACUAUUAUUAGUGCAGUAUUUUGUAAAUGACAUGAACACAAAGCUUACAGUUUGCUCAUCCACUCAUUGUGCAUGGGCAUUUAUGUUUUUUUUUAAAGAUAAAUAUACUCUUGUAACAUAAAUAUAAAUGUGAAGAGUGUAAAUGGUUGAAUGGUAAAUCUUCCUGUAUUUGUAAUAUUACUUAGUAGCUCUUAGUUUUCAAAGCCUUAGCUAUUAUUUAAAUGAAAUUAACUGCAACAUUUGUGGAAAUUAAUUAAAUUACAUGCAAUUUUGGAUGGCUAUGCCACGUGUUUAAUGAUUGUACUGUACGGUAAACAAUGCAAUGCCUACUUUAGUAUUUGCAUCGGAAGUUCUCGCAUUCUUUCAAAUCUUUGAGAAAAAAAUUGCAUGAAAUCGCCUUUUUCAUAUUUAUAAGUGAAAUUGUAAUAUUUUUUUACUUAGCAAAUGGUUUUUUUGGCCUCUUCUACAUUCGAUUAUGAAUAUGUAGAUUCUUUAAAGCGUAUUUUUAAAAUAAUGUUUAAUAUUAACAUUCAAAUAAAAUGUAAUUUACAGUCAAAACAUUGUUUUAUGUCAUAGUUUUUACACUGUGUACCUGCAUAUUAAAAACAAAUUAAUAUUUGA